GAAUCCCUAGGCUGGUUUUGCUCACUCACGUGGCCCAGGUGUUUCUGGCGGUGCAGAAAGAUGUGAAGGACGGAUGGUUAUAUAUCAGCUUACAGAAAUCAUAUGGUUAUAUAUCAGCUUACAGAAAUCAUAUGAUUAUAUAUGAGCUUACAGAAAUCAUAUGGUUAUAUAACAGCUUACAGAAAACAUACUUUUAUAUAUCAUCUUAGAGAAAUCUUACAGUUAUAUAUCAGCUUUGAAAAAUCCUAAGACCAGCAGAACUGGUCUUAUUCAAAAAUUGUGCUUUGUUGAGAAUGUUGGUAAAACACAUGGAUUUAUAUGGUCAUAUCCUCAUUAAUUACAUCCAUAUAUCUCCUCUUUGGCCUUCCUCUUUGCCUCCUGCCUGGCAACUCCAUGUCCAACAUUCUCCUACCGAUAUACUCACUGUCCCUCCUCUGAACAUGUCCAAACCAUCUUAAUCUGGCCUCCCUAACUUUGUCCUCCAAAUGUCAAACAUGAGCUGUCCCUCUGAUGUACUCGUUCCUAAUCCUGUCCAACCUUGUCACUCCCAAAGGGAACCACAACAUCUUCAGCUCGGCUACCUCUAGCUCAGACUCCUGUCUCUUUUUAGUGACACGGUCUGUAAUGCCAAAAAAAAUAAAUAAAAUGCCCAUGAACCUAGAAGUGAACCAGAAGCGGUAGUAUUCCAGGGAAGGUUCCCUCUGGUGGGUCAGAGGGGAAUCGCAGGGUCCGUUGUUACCCGGAAAUUUGAGCAAGAAAAUGCAUUACAUUGAAUCCCAGUGAAAAUAGAAAAAAAUAGAAAAUACAUCUAAUAAAACAAGUUUGCAUAAGCACAGAUUAAUACACUCCAAACCACAAAACAAAGAAACUCGAUGAUCACCAUCAUGCCAUUUCCUGUUUUUGACUGUGACGCAUACGAACUUCCUCCAUCUCCAUUCUCUUGACAUCGCCGCCAUCUUAUAUCUGACAGACCAUCGUAGAUUUUGUUCCAUGACUUCUACAUAAAAAUACAAAAGCAAGGUAAAGUAAAACUUAUAAUUUACUUUAAUUAUGAGUACAAUUUCUUUUGUUCCUACCUUCUUUUUUGACAAUAUACUCAGACCUAUAUACCUGUGACAAAAUUUGGCACUAGAUUCACUCUGUGUCAAAGUGAACCAGUUCUCUCUCUCAUAUGUGAUACAGAAUGAAUUAAUGGUAUUAGUUUUAGUUUCAAAGAUGAGUAACUUGUGACCGCGUCAGGGAUUUUUUUUUCUAGCAGCAGUUAAAAAAAAAACACUGUGGAAAACAUCCAGUCAAGUCAAGUCAAGUCAAGUCACUUUUAUUGUCACAUCACCACAGCACAUGUGCCUUGCUGAGUGAAAUUCUUAGGCACAAACUCCAGAAAUUGCAGAAAUAAUUAUACAGAUAAUGAAUUGACAGGUGAAAAUGUGCAAUUUGCUCAUACAUAUGUCAGUACAAUAUGUGUGUACAAUAUGUACAAUUAACAAACAGAUAAUGAAAUCAACAAGUUAAAAUGUGCACUAUGCUCAUACAUAUAGUCAGUACACACAGUGUACUAUUGGGCAUAAUUACAGUAGCACUGCACAUUAUAUGUGUGUGUGUGUGUGUGUGUGUGUGUGUGUGUGUGUGUGUGUGUGUGUGUGUGUGUGUGUGUGUGUGUGUGUGUGCAAAUAUACGUAAAUAUAUUAUAUAUAAAAAAUUUAAAGUGCAACAGAUUGUACGGGUACAGAAGUGUCAUGGAUGUGCAUCGUAUGGUAUCCAGUCAUACAGAUAGAUUAUUGUAUUAUUGUAUUAAAUGCAGUGUGUAUGUAUAGUCCAGUGUGUAUAAAUGUAGUGAGUAUGUAUAGUAUAAAAAAAAAAAGCUAUCCCUCAGUCGUCUAAUGCGGGAUCGAAUGCUGCGGAGGCGUCUUCCUGAGGGAAGCAGAGAAAUCAGUCUGUGGGACGGGUGGCUGAAGUCAUUGAUGAUCCUCCGGGCUUUCCUUAUACACCACCUGGUGUAGAUGUCCUGGAGGGAGGGAAGCUCACCUCCAACAAUGUGGCUGGCAGUUCGCACAAUUCUACACCUGAACCAUGUUCUGAGGAUGCUGGGGCUCAUUCCAAACUUCCUCAGCCGUCUCAGGAAGAAGAGGCGUUGAUGUGCCUUCUUCAGCACUGCGUCAGUGUGUAUGGCCAAGCUCUGAUGGAUUUCCUGAGAUCAUAACUGGCUUGUUUACGAUCAUCAGGAUUCCCGGAUUUAAAAGCGGAUGUCUGCGCUGACAGGGCUGCUCGAACAUCGCUAUCAAUCCACGACGCUGCCCAGAACAUGUCCCAGUCCACGUGAUCAAAACAGUCCAGUAGUAUAGCCUCUGAUUGGUCCGACCAGCAUUGAAUUGUCCUGAGGGUGGGUGCUUCCCAUUUCAGUUUCUGCCUAUAAGCAGGCAGGAGCAGGAUGGACGAAUGAUCCGAUUUGCCGAAAGGUGGGUGGGGGAGGGAUUUGUAGGCUUCCCGGAAGGGAUAGUAGCAGUGGUCCAGUACACGAUCACCACACGGUGUUGAUGGUGAUGUGUUUGAAAUAUUUGAGAGCUAUCGUUCUGAAGUUGGCUUUGUUAAAGGCCCCCGUAACUGGGUACGUGGUUUCCUGCUCACUUAUAUUCCAAUACAGUUCCUUGAGUGCCUGGUCUGUGUUGACUUGAGGAGGAAUGUAAACAGCUGUGAUUAUGACCGCUCUAAAUUCCCUUGGCAGCCAGAAUGGUCGACACUGAAGCAUAUGAAAUUCCAGAUCAGGGGAGCAGAAGGAUUUAAUAGAGUAUUAUAGUUUAAGACGCAUUUCCAUGUGCAUCUAAGCCCAGGAAGAAAAAUGACUUCUGUCAGAAGCUGAGAAGGAAGUCAGACAACAUGACGUCUUUGACAGCGGAGAGCUUAAAAGUGAUUUACAAUGGAAAUAUUUUUUGAAAGAAUCAAGUUGCUGAUUAAAGACAACUCUGCUAUCAAAGAAGGCUCAGAUCGAUAUUCUAACACUUGCGUCCUGGACACUGUUCUAACUACCUUUCAUAUAGCUUAUAAAUGCUGUCCAAAUGUAGCAGAUCUUUUAAAAAGAAAUGACUUUUUCAGACACCUUAUUUCUUUGUUAGACAAUAAAAAGUAUGAUGAGGCUCGGACAUUCUGUGUAACUGAGCUAAAUCAUGGAAAAGUCGACCUUUUUGGCAACGUCGAAGAAUAUUUCCCACUUUUCGAAAAACUGGUGUGGCCAGAAAGCUCUCCAAAGGAUUGUGAAAUAAUCAGGGAGCUUAAGAAAGUUGGAAGUGUUUUUGUUUUGGGCGACCCGUCUGAUCCACCUCUAAUUCUGGUUCCUGUUGCAGUUCCCAAUGUUCCAAUUAUUGAACCGCCACCAAAUGUUAAUGAUGAAGAGAAAAAAAGGAAUUUUGCCUGUAUUUUUUUACUGAUGGGGAAAGAUAAGCACAUGACUAUGUGUUUCCAGUCCUCUGAAAUCACAUGGCAUUUAUAUGACAAUGAUCCAAAUGAGCCAUCAUUUCGGCCCUUUAAUCGUGACCAUUUAAAAUACUACAUGACUUGUUUGGCGGUAUAUGUCAACAUAACCCAGUUAGAAGAAUAUAAAGGCAUUGCUGAGACUGGAGCAGGAGCAAUACCUUUCGAUAUAGGUACAAGAAGUUCCCUGGGUGAUCCAGAGCCAUACACUUACUCCGUAGCUAUUCCCAAGACUGGACAAGGAAUGGGACCAAGGCCUUAUUAUUCAAACCCGCCAAAUAUUUCCCAAAUAUCUGACUACCUGGACAAGCCACGUGUUGAAAUACUAUCCAACAGCAGCGGCAUUGCCGAAACUGGAGAAGGAGUAGGUUUAUCAAACGAGCAUGGUGGGGAUCCACCUCAACACUCCUACCCACAACAGUCGGUGGCAGACAUAGAAAUGGAAGAUCUAAGCUGCUCUAUUUCUGAGACUGGGGACAGACUGGUAAGGCCUUUCGAGCAAAGCUGUCCAGAUGUGCGGCCAGAUUUCAGCAACCAUCAACAGCAGGUGGAAGACGUAGAAAUGCCAUCCUGCAGCAGUUCCGAUUCGGAUUAAGCAUUUUGCUCCGAGUUCUUGAACGUGUCUUCUUUUUGGAUCUGCCUGGUCCAUCUGGAUGCUUCUGGAUGGAGUUUCGGGAGAUGGCUCCACAUGGACAGCUUGGAGACCCAUGGAGACCCUGUGGCUUUACUGUUGUUGUAUAAAUCUAUAAUUAAUUCAGAAAUUACCAUAAUUUCUAAGUUAAUUAAAAGCUGAUAUUUUUAAUAUUCUC